GGGCGCCUUGACAAACCAAUUUUGAUGCCCCUCGUGGUCAAGGGACUGGUCACGCUCAAGACUAGUCUGUCCAUCUCCCGUUAUCUCAAAUCAACGCUUGGAAGCACCGGUUGUUUGGACGGCCAGCAAGCAAUGCCUUGUCCAAGGUCAUGGUUGGCUUUUUGUUGGUCGCUGUUCCCGUCACUCACUGGUCAGAUCCAACAACCACCAAGCUGAACUCAUUGUUGGAGUUUGUUUUUCUCACUUGCUCUAGUAAUUUUCAACCAUGAGGUUCCUUCACUUGAUUCGACCCGUCAUGUGCGUCCUCCCUGAGGUCGCCAGUCCAGACCGCAAGAUCCCCUUUCGUGAAAAGCUGCUUUGGACCACCAUUACACUCUUUAUUUUCCUUGUCUGCUGUCAAAUCCCCAUCUAUGGUGUGCAAAGUGCCAAGUCGUCUGAUCCCUUCUACUGGAUGCGUGUGAUCCUGGCUUCCAAUCGAGGAACUCUGAUGGAAUUGGGUAUCAGUCCCAUUGUCACCUCUGGAUUGGUUAUGCAGCUGCUUGCUGGUUCCCGUAUCAUUGAAGUGGACUACAAUGUCAAAGAAGAUCGAGCUCUCUUUUCGGGUGCUCAAAAACUAUUCGGUAUUCUUAUCACUACUGGCGAAGCCAUUGCCUACGUUGUCAGUGGCAUGUACGGAGAUUUGGGAUCGAUUGGACCUGGUAAUGCCAUUCUGAUCAUUGCUCAGCUCUUCUGUGCUGGAUUGAUUGUCUUGACUUUGGAUGAAUUGUUGCAAAAGGGAUACGGACUAGGUUCGGGAAUUUCUUUGUUCAUUGCCACCAACAUUUGUGAAACCAUUGUCUGGAAGGCAUUCAGCCCAACUACCAUCAACACUGGUCGUGGAACCGAGUUUGAGGGAGCCAUCAUUGCUCUUUUCCAUCUCAUGAUUACCCGAACCGACAAAGUUCGUGCCUUGAAAGAAGCUCUCUAUCGUCAGAAUCUACCCAACUUGACAAACUUGAUGGCCACCGUCCUGAUAUUUGUCAUUGUCAUUUACUUCCAAGGAUGGCGUGUCGAUCUCCCCGUCAAGUACCAAAAGUACCGUGGACAACAAGGAAACUAUCCCAUCAAGCUCUUUUACACGUCCAACAUGCCCAUCAUUUUGCAGACGGCUUUGGUCUCCAACUUGUACUUUGUCUCACAGCUUCUUUACAACCGCGCUCCUACUAAUGUCUUGGUACGCUUGUUGGGAACCUGGCAAGAUCGGGAGGGACAGCCUGGUAACAAGAUGCCUGUUGGAGGCAUUGCCUACUACAUUUCCCCUCCUUCCAGUUUUGCCGAAAUCAUCUACGAUCCGUUCCAUGCUGUCUUCUACUUGAUCUUUAUCUUGACUGCCUGUGCACUCUUCAGUAAGACAUGGAUUGAGGUCUCUGGAGCUUCGGCCCGUGAUGUUGCCAAGCAGCUGCGUGAUAACCAAAUGGUCAUGAAGGGACAUCGUGACACGGCUUUGAUCCAUGUCUUGAACCGUUACAUCCCUACCGCUGCUGCCUUUGGUGGAAUGUGUAUUGGUGCUUUGUCCGUCAUUGCCGACUUUAUGGGAGCCAUUGGUACUGGAACUGGUAUUUUGCUUUCGGUCACCAUCAUUUUCCAGUUUUACGAAGCUUUCCUAAAAGAGCAGAGAGAAGGAAUGGGGGCCUUUGGUUUCUAAGAAGCAAACACAAACAAACAAAAAGCAACAAUAAUGGCGAGACUGAUAGCCACUACAUCCUUUUUCAUUUUCUGCUUGGUGUGUGAAUGCCGACCACGUGCUGUUUUAGGUCUUAUAAAUGUCCUUCUCGACAUGAGAACUACGUGACCUGAAGUGUUUGCUGACUCUUCCCAUCCAUCCUGCGUAAACGUACUGUACUGUAUUGAAAACAUGGUGAUUAUGUAUCGGUAUGCAUUUGUUUCUAAAAUAGGGGUCAGUGGCCAUUGCCUUUCUUUUCGUUAGUGCCGCAGUAAUCAUUACAGAAGGUGCGCUCGUCUUCUGCAACAAAUGAUCCUUCAAGUCCCGAGGCCCCAACAGCGCGAAAGUUGUUCUCUAAUGGUGCGAAUGAUAUCAUUUUGUUAGGCAAGUCUCGUGUCACGAACAAAGUCGUCGACCAACUUUUCGUAGGUCUGAGGGUGCUUCAUCAUGUGUGUGACAUGCUUCGAGUCGUCGAAUUUCUGCACAGUCACAUUGGAGAACUUCUUUCGGUUCUCAAUGAGCUCUUCCAAUCGAUACACGUUGGUGAUGCUAUCGGCAGUGCUGUAAAUGUAGGCUUGUCGAAGACAGACCCGUCCCUCUCUCAUGUUGUUCCAGAACGUCCAGCGCACGUCGGGUAGUCCCAAGAUCCAGUUGAAGACCACGGACACGGCUCCGGCCAAGAAAAAGAGGAUACCCACGAUUAUCUUGAUGAUCAGCGAUUGUCCAAACACCACUCCGUUGGUGCUCGUGAAGCCCAACUUGAUGUCUGGAUAAGCGGGGCAAGAAUCGAAGAUCUGUCCAUCCAAUCGUGCUCCGACGAGGCACAAGUCCUCACUGCCGCGCAUCUUGAGGUCCUCUCUAGCCAGUUGAAUCAGACACUCCAUUCGUUCUACGAGGAACGAUCCAGCGUUGCUAAACGAAUGGAGAAUGACGGGAAUCUUCUUUCCGUCCUUUUCAUUGUCUCGCAAAAUUUUCGCCACUUCCGACACGGCGUCGCGAACGCAACCGUCCAAGCUCGGGUAUCCCAGAUGCAUCAUGACCUCAAGGGUAUCUGCCACAACCGAUACGGUCGCACAAUCUCGCUUGCGGUAGAGCUCGGCAUAUUUUUCGACAUGACGCAAUUCGGCGCCCCACCAUCCCAUGAUGAGAACAACAGCGCGAGGGAAGUCGACUUUGCUGCUGUUGCCGUCCUGAGGCUCGGCAUUGACCAAAAUCUUCUGAGGUGCCAUGAUAGAUCCGAUUUCGUUGCCCUAACAACUAGCUUUGUGAGGUCGCUUGCUUUGCCUUUGGAAGAUCCUCCUUUUUGUGGUCAGUUUUGGUCUCUGCAUCCACUCCUGAUGCCAAGGAACCCACGGCAAUUGAAAUCGUUUGUUUUCGUGGGAUCGUACGUUUUGGAUUACUUGCAUCUUGCUCAAUACUGACUAUUUUGCACACCAUUUAGAUAGUGGUGGGAAUUCAGUGAUUAGGACGAUCGCUUAAUCACGAUGGUACUUAGGUUUUCCCUGUUCGGUGUAGCUGCUUCCAUGUCGCCUUGCUCAUGGAGGGAGGUCCACGAUCGAUUGCCUUCUCAGUCGAUGCGUUGUGUGACAUCGACGAGCCAUCGCUGUUACCUCGGCGCACUCCAAGGCAAGUUUCUCGCUCGAGCUUUUCGGGGGGGGGGGUCGGGAGUGAGGUGGGU